AUGGUUGUACAAAUUAACAACAUGUCUAAAAUAAAGCAAAACUUAAUAAACGACGAACAAUAUUUUACAUGUUUUUGCAAAAAAUAUACAAAUAACACAAGAAAUUUGGUAUUAAAAGGAAGAGAUUUGAUUACUAAAAUAGGGUUGAAUAUUCAAAAUAAUAAUAUAAUGGAAGCAGGAAUUAAUUAUAUGUGUGAAAUGGGAGAAAAUUUACACAUAAAGAGUCUUCAAUUAAACGGGAAUAAGUUUGGUGUUGAAUCUUCCAAACAAAUAGCAUUACUGUUAUUGAAAAAUCCAUAUUUAGAAUAUUUGGACGUAGCAGAAGUUGAUCAAACUAUUUCAAGUUUGAUAUAUUUUACAACAGUUAUGAGAUUAGACCAGCCUAUACAUAAUGAAACUUUAAACAUUUUGGAUAUCAGUCGUCCAAAUCCAGGACGUAUGUAUUAUUUUAAUGCAGAACAAUUCGCAAUUUUAAUUGGACAUAUGUUAAGAGUAACUUUGUAUAUUUUAUAAAUUUAUUUCUUUAUACAUCUUUCGCACUUUACUAUGGUUAUAUUUUUUUGUAUACAGAAUAAUACUUGUUUGUUUGCAUUGCAUUUACAAAAAUGUAGUUUUUAUUGCCAUGACAUUGAAUGUAUGAUGCUAGAUGCACAAUAUAAUCAUACAUUACGUUUUCUUGAUCUUGGUUGUAACAAUAUAGGAGAUCAUGGAAUGCAUCAUCUUGCUAAUUGGCUUACAAAAACUUCUGCGUUGCAUGGACUUAUUUUAAGUGGAAACAUUAUAACUGAUCAUGGUGCAAGGAUAAUAAGUCAUGCUAUGCCAUUUUCUAAGCUAAAAUUGUUAGAUAUUUCAUUUAAUAAAAUUACUGAUGACGGUAUGGUAAAUAUUCUUGACACUUUAAACAAGAUUUCUCUCAUAAGAAGCUUGCGAAUAUUUGGAAAUUUUCUUGGUCAUAUGACUGCUAAGACUCUAAAGAGAAUAUUAAUAUCAAAAGUUUUAUAUCAGAUAAAUCUUGAUGUCAAGCCUUAUAGAGUAAAAGAUAAAUGGUAUUGUACUCGAUAUCCAAUAGACUGUUCUAAAGAACAUUUUUAUGAAAUAAUAGAAUCCUUUAAACCCUGUAUGUAG